CACAACCCAAGUUCCACUAAACACUUGAUUCCUGAUAUCCUCCACAAUACAUAAAGAACAUGUCUCAUGACACCAUGGAUGGCAAUGGCAUGGCCAUGCACAUGGCUUUCUUCUGGAGCAAAGAUGUAGUCAUGUUAUUCAAUGGCUGGCCGAAUGGGCAACUAGGUAUGUACAUAUUGGCUUUAGCCUUUGUCUUUUUGCUUGCGGUUAUCGUCGAGUUCUUGUCGAUUUUUCCGGUCAUCAAGCCGGGGAGUAGUCCGUUUGUCGGUGGACUGAUUCAUGCUUUGUUUUAUGGGUUCCGGAUGGCUCUUGUUUACCUUAUUAUGUUGUGUGUGAUGUCGUAUAACGUUGGUGUUUUUGUUUUCGUGGUGGCUGGACAUGUUAUCGGGUGUUUUGUAGUCAAGUAUCGGGUGAUUUCAAAGGCGGCUCGUAAAUCUCGAACGGAUCCUGUAUGAUGAUUGCGAUGUUUGAAUUCCUCUGGCAUCAACUCCGUGCAUCUUUCAAUCUUCAGAUGACGGAGAUGAAUGAAAACUUGAAUCAAAUCGUACAAUUUGGUUUGGUCUUUGGAUGAUGGAUUUUGGUUUCAACA